UUUAUUUUUACAGAGUCUCCUAAACCUGUGGUGAUUAUAAAGCCUGAUACACAUGUGUUCAGAGGAGAAACUGUGAUGUUCAGGUGUGAAAUACAGAGCGAAAAAGACACAGAGUGGACAUAUGACUGGUAUAGGAAUGAUUACACACUCUACCCAUACUACACAACACAGGAGUUCAGUAUCAGCUCUGUUACAGAAUCAUAUAGAGGGAAAUACACCUGCAGAGGGUGGAGACACAGUGACAAUCAGAUCGAGACGAGUGAUUCUGUUACUCUCACUGUAUCAGUAAAACCCACACCGACUGUGAGUGUGACUCCUCAGAGCUUCAUCUACACUGGAGACACAGUUACUCUGAACUGUAAUCUGCAGUCUACUGGAUGGAGCUUUUCCUGGUAUAAAGGUAACCAGAAAUCACCUGAACCCCAAAAUACCAACCCACUCAGUGUGAUAAUCUCUAAUGAAGGACAAACAACAUACUACUGCAAAGCACUCAGGGGAAACUACGAGUCAGAGUUCAGUGCUGCAGCUACAGUUACAGUUAAAGCGAGACCAAAGCCUGUAGUGAAAAUACACCCAGCUGUGAAUGUGUUCAUUGGGGAAACUGUCACUCUCACAUGUGACAUACAGACUGGAGGAUCCUGGAAGUAUCACUGGUAUAGAAGUAAUGAAGAAAUCAGAGCUGCUGCAGGAGAGAAGACCUACACAAUCACUGAUGUUAAAGACUCUAAUAAAGGUCCUUAUAGCUGUAAAGGAACUCAAUCAUCAGACCCAAAAUACACACAGAGCAGUGAUGCAGUUACACUGACUGUAGCAGAAAAACCCACACCGACUGUGAGUGUGACUCCUCAGAGCUUCAUCUACACUGGAGACACAGUUACUCUGAACUGUAAUCUGCAGUCUACUGGAUGGAGCUUUUCCUGGUAUAAAGGUAACCAGAAAUCACCUGAAGCCCAAAAUACCAACCCACUCAGUGUGAGAAUCUCUAAUGAAGGACAAACAACAUACUACUGCAAAGCACUCAGGGGAAAGUCAGAGUUCAGUGCUGCAGCUACAGUUACAGUUAAAGCGAGACCAAAGCCUGUAGUGAAAAUACACCCAGCUGUGAAUGUGUUCAUUGGGGAAACUGUCACUCUCACAUGUGACAUACAGACUGGAGGAUCCUGGAAGUAUCACUGGUAUAGAAGUAAUGAAGAAUUCAGAGCUGCUGCAGGAGAGGAGACCUACACAAUCACUGAUGUUAAAGACUCUAAUAAAGGUCCUUAUAUCUGUAAUGGAACUCAAUCAUCAGACCCAAAAUACACACAGAGCAGUGAUGCAGUUACACUGACUGUAGCAGGUGAGUGUUUUGUCUCACAUAUUCUCUCCUAUGAACAAUUUAAAGUGUAG